UGGUGAACCGGAAGUAGUUCCCACACCUCCUCACGAAUGCUGACCUAGCCUUACGAGGCUGAGAGUGAUCCGUGUAAUGUGCUCGGGGUUUAAUCUCUAGCACGAAUUAAUCAUUAUAUUUUGUCACUGCGGUUCGGGUCAACGGGACGCGACCACCAUGAGCACCAUGUUCGCCGAUACGAUUCUGAUUGUGUUCAUCUCCGUUUGUACAGCGCUGUUAGCCGAAGGUAUUACCUGGGUUUUAGUGUAUCGCACUGAAAAGUACAAGAGGCUAAAGGCUGAAGUGGAAAAACAAAGCAAAAAACUUGAGAAGAAAAAGGAAACCAUCACAGAAUCUGCAGGACGCCAGCAGAAGAAGAAAAUUGAAAGACAAGAAGAGAAACUGAAGAACAACAACAGGGACUUGUCGAUGGUGCGCAUGAAGUCCAUGUUUGCCAUCGGCUUCUGCUUUACAGCUUUGAUGGGCAUGUUCAACUCCAUCUUUGACGGAAGAGUAGUGGCCAAGCUGCCGUUUGUGCCGCUGUCCUACAUCCAGGGGCUGUCCCACCGCAACCUGCUGGGCGAGGAUUUUACAGACUGCUCCUUUAUCUUCCUCUACAUCCUCUGCACCAUGUCCAUCAGACAGAACAUCCAGAAGAUGCUCGGUCUCGCACCCUCCAGAGCUGCAACAAAACAGGCUGGAGGCUUCCUGGGACCUCCUCCACAAGCAGCUAAAUUUUCCUAAUCAUCAUCAUCACACCAGCUCAACAGUGCUGUUCCUGCGCUGCCCCAUCAGAGCACAGACACAACUGCUCCUGCUGCUCUGGAGCCUCGUAUUCUCUAUCGCAGCUACACUACCCCGUGUUCAAUUUCUCAUUCGUGUUUUGUUUAUUUAACUUUUAGAAAUUAGAGGAAUAAUUUGUUCUCAAUUACAUUGAUUACCAAAGAAUACAAAUGCCUACCUUGUAUUCUGCAGAUGCCAUGCAUUGUUUUGGGAUUUUAAUGAUUUAAUUGGCAGUAAGAUCUGAUUCUUUCAUCAGUAUUAUUGUAUGUAUCCUCAUUUCUUACAUAUUAAUAAAGUUUUAUGAUAAUA